CUGGUAGCCUGUGCAUUAUUAAACAAUGGAGUUUACAAGUUACAAAUUCAAGAAAAUGUGUCUGCAGCAGCAAUCAUAUCUGGUGAGCUCUGGCAUCGCAGAUUAGGGCACGUAAACAGUGGAUGUCUGAAUAAAAUGCAGAAUGCCGUUGACGGAUUGUCCUUGAAAGAAAAAGUUGACAUUACUAAGUCUACCUGUACCGUUUGCUGCGAAGUGGGGGACUUACUCCCGAUACCAGAUGUUGACUGUGAUGUGAAAAGUUCUGAUGAGACAAAUAAUAAACUAGUCGAUCAAGAUACUUCUAUAGAGUCUGAGUAUGAAGAUGUUGAACCUGAUUUGAAUUCUACGUUACAGGAAGGUGAACAGGAGAAAGAACAAGAUAUAAAUAAAAGAGAAAGACGACCCCCAGAACGUUUUGGAUAUUCGAAUUUAUGCACUUCAUCGAAUGAGAAGCUGAAUGAUCCAGUAACUGUUCAAGAGGCUCUUCAGAGUUCAUGCGCUAAAUAA